AUGCAGGAAGCCUACGGUACUCAUUGGUUCUCGCCUGCGGGUGGGACACCACAACCAUACAUGCAAAUGCCCCAGCAGUCAUAUGGGGGGCAAUACACACAGGGCCCAAAUUGCUAUGGCGGGAAUAUUGGUGUUGACCCUUAUUAUAAAGAUCAGAGCACAAAGCUUUUUUCUGGAAGAAAUCGUGACGUACAGAACAGCCACGGUGGUUUCCGGAGCGGUGGUACCUACGAUAUUUCUACGUGUGGGCUUUCAGGGAAGAACAGUGGGAACGAACAGCAAGACAAUUUGGCGGAAAACGAGGUUUUUGGGAGUUACGGGAUGAACAGCAUGGGUGGUUUUGACGGCGCCAUCGCUGGAGGUUCGAUGUAUUUUGUGGACGAGCCUCCACCGGUGGUGUACAAAAUAUUUGCCAGUCGACGUGACCGAACCGACCUAAUGUCACAAGGCAACUUUAAUCGUUACCCAUCUCAGUUCAGCAUCCGCUUGGGCAGCUAUGGGUCGGUGGGCAACGGCGGCGCAAAUUUUGCGCGUGAAAAACGACAAUUUUUCCCAGUCGACAGCAGUGGCAUUUCCAAGGAGCCGGAAGUUAUCAAGAGUCGUGAGCCAAACAUAGUCCCCAAGGAGUUCAACGAAGACAUACAACCGAGGCGACCGCUGAGUCCAGUGGGUUACGGCGGUUAUCCAAAUGAUACUGAUUUUGGUGAUCAAAGUUCAACGAAGCCCUUUGCUUCAAAGGACGAGGAACACGGUCAGGAAGAGAAGGCGAAGGAUACAUGGGGUCACUCAUCCAUAUCCACUGGCCUGAAUAUAAGAAGAGCCCCUCAAAAACAUAGCGUCAAAGAUUCUCGGAUGAAUGAUGAUGUUAGGGGAGAUACGAGUGGCGAACAGGAAGAAAAGGAAAAAGAAAAAGAAAAAGAAAAAGAAGAAAAGAAGAAGGAGAAGGAGAAGGAGCAACUGGAGAAAGAUGUCCCACAAUCUAUUCCUCUUUCCCGUUCGAUUGGCGCGACUUCACACAAUCCACCGUGUGUUGGAAGUACAUUUGGUGGAACCGAGACCUCCAAUCAAUUAGACUCCAGUGCAUUGCCUGGCCCCGAUCGGAGUCUCGGUGGGGAUAAGUUGGGGUCGCACGAUGAACAGAGGGUGAAGCCACGAUCGCGUUCGAUCCGUGGUUCUAUGCGGCGUCGCCCAUCUAUGAGUGCGGCGCGCAGUGCCAGUGCGGUCAACGUCUCGAUUGCGGUGUUCCCGGAGGCCGAUGAGCUGCAAGACGGCCUUGCUUUGGAUAUUGUCCCGCACAGGCGCAUGUCUGGGUCGCAGCCUCAGCUAAAUGCUUUCCGGCGCAGUCAAUUCACUGCUAUUGAGGAGCCCAAACAAGGCGAGCACAGGGAACAGCGGGAGAGGUCGAGGGUCGCCGAAGAGCCGGUGCGUCCCCAGUUGAUGCCCAAAAAGGCUAAGGAAACACGGCAAGAGGAGCAGAAACGUCUUGAUGAGGAAGAACGGAAGAAAAACGAGGAGGAGCGGUUGCGCCGGAAGUCGGAUGAGCGAAAACGCUUUGAGGAGGAAAAAAGGCGGGAGGAGCAGCGGGAGGAGGAGCGUAUCAGACAACUCGUUGGAAACACCGAGUCCGCGGAGAGUCCGGAGCCCAAAACAAAGUUGGUGGGGCGUGCCAGCGGCCGUUCACGCCCGACAUCGCGUCGUGGGUCCCUCUUGCGUGCCAUUCCGGAGCAGCCACCGGAGUUGGUGGUGGGGACGAUGAAGGACACCAUGGCGGACACGCUGCCGUUAUCGCGAGAACACUCCGUGCAACGUCUUUCCACAAGGGCGGCAGGCCAGGACCGCCGUGGCAGUGAUGGACGUCCAGGACGAGAGCACGGGGGAAAUGAAAAGGGACAAGAUGAAGAACCACCGCGGUCAACUUCACAUGAAUCAGAAAAACGGAAACAAAAAGGAGAAGUUCAACAGGAAGGACAACAAAAUGAUUCAAAGGAACAGAGGAAGGCCAAUCCUAUCAAGACGCUUGUGCUUUUGGAGAGGGGUUCUCAAGGGCCUAAUUAUAUUUCAGCAGAAGGAAAUACAUUUAUAUAUCAUUGGAAAAGACACGAAGCCACUGAAGUUGUCAUUCGCGAUUUAAACAGUAUGUCAUAUCGCUCAAAUCUCUUUAAUGAUGUCAGGGACGCCGUAUGUGAUAGUCACAACGCCGCCAUUUUAUCCGUAGAGGCACCAAAUACGGGAACCGUGUUUAACUCCCCGGUCUGGUCCGGUCUUAUACGCAUUGUGAGUGGAGUGUUGAGGAAUAAUCGAAUCAUGCGUGAGGGCACGGCGGAGCUCACGGCGGCUUUUGGUUUUGUUUAUAAGGAUAAGGUGCGAGAUCUUUUUGAUGGUAAUGGCAGCUCCUUUGAGCCGCUGGUGGUGCACCCUUCCCCCAUCUAUGGUCCUCGUAUUCCACACCUUCACUACGGAAAAAUUACCUCCGAUUCGGCAUUUGAGGAAGUGAUGAGCAGUGCACUCCGUCGCGCCAAUGCCGAUCCUAUACUUACAACGAGAGAUGGUGUGGCGAUUGCCUUUCUGCUCUCUAGGCAAUGUCGUAUCGUCAAAAACGAGGCUGGUGAAAGGACAUGUGAUGUGUCACUUUCGUCACUUGUGGUGGCAUCUGCUGGGAGCGAUUCGGUGCCAUUUGAAUCGGCCCUUGCGCGUCUGAAGAAUGAGCACAGUAUGCUGUUUCACCUUGUGUUGGGCGGCCCGUGUCACACAUGCUUCAUGCUGAAUCUUUCCAUGGUAGAGGAGAGAGAUGGCGCAAACCGAGAGAGAGUUGAGAGACUUAUUGAAUUGCAAGGCAAAAUGCAUGCCUCUUCCAAUUAUCCACUUCGCAGUGGGUCGGUGACGCGGUUUGUGAGGUACGUGGAGUCAGCGAACAAAGAGGCGUUGGAGCGUCUCAAGGUGGAAGAGAACCCUGAAAGACGCAACCGCCUUGAGCGAUACGUGCAGGAGCAGGAACAACUGUUGGCGGAUGCGAAUAAAAUGUUGGCUGAGGUACGGGAGGAAUUGCUACAAAAAUUUUCCAAAUUCUCAUAG